GAUUGCAGACCUACUGUGUGUCAGCCGGCAGAUGGUUCAAUGCGGGUGUUCGGAUGUGACACACAAGAAUGCAAAUGAAUAAGAUCUGCAAAAGAUAUUUACCAGGAACUCUUCCGUAGAAGAGGAAGGAUCAGCUCGGUGGUUUUAAACUCUUCAACUCAUCACCACAGUCCUUUUCACUGAGGAUCCACCGGCUGAAUGUGAAGCAUCGGAGCCCAUCGAACAACCAUGAGCAACAUUUACUAUGGCCCGAGUAACAGCUCGAUUGACAACUGCACUGAUGUGGACGAUCUGAUGAAGCGAUACUACCUGCCCGUGUUUUACGGCGCGAUCUUCAUCGUAGGUGUGGUGGGCAACAUCACCGCUUUGCUGGUCUAUGUUGUUAAAGUCCGUCCCUGGAAGAGCAGCACCAUCAUCAUGGUGAACCUUGUCGUCACCGACCUCCUCUUCAUGAUCUCCUUGCCCUUCCUGACAUACUACUACAGCCAAAACGACUCGUGGACGCUGGGCAUCACUAUGUGUCGCUUCACGCGCUUCAUCUUCCACUUCAACCUCUACGGCAGCAUCCUCUUCCUCACCUGUCUGGCCAUCUUUCGCUACGUGGCAAUCGUGCAUCCAAUGCAUGCACACAGCAUCAAGAAGAAGCGCUGGGGAACGCUGGCAUGCAUCCUGGGCUGGACUGUGGCGGUCGCAGAAAUAAGUCCCAUUUUUAACCAAAUUGAAAUGAAGGUGCAGGACAACAAAACCUACUGCUUGGAUCUUGCGAGCAACAACCCAGAAUUCAUGUGGCCUUACAGUUGGGUGCUGACCGUGCUUGGAUAUCUGGUUCCUCUAGUCGUGGUCUGUCUUUGCUAUUGGCGCAUCAUGAAGGAGCUAAAGCAGGGUCCGCAUAAAGAAAGCAGGAAACGGGUUAGAGCGAGGCGGCUCAUUGUGUUGAUUCUGACGUGCUUCAUUGUGUGCUUUUUCCCUUUUCAUGCGCUACGGGCUUGGAGGAUCUACACAAAACUCACUCCGGAAACCAACUGCAUGCUGGACCGCUGGGCUCACGCCGCCUAUAUCAUCUCGAGGCCGAUCGCUGCAGUCAACAUCAUUAUCAACCUGCCACUCUAUACGUUAUCAGGGGAUUGUUUCAAGCAGGCCUUCAUGGAAAUGUUCAGAUUUGAUCGGCUCAUGUCGAAAACUAAAGAGAUUGUUGAAGUGGCUGUGAUCAGCAAACACACAACUAAGAUCACGCAUGACGAAAGCAGCUGAGAUUCAUGAUGGUGUUUGAAAUGUACAGUCAACGAUGAGCCAAAGUCAAAGGAUCAGUGAAACAGCCGACAUUUGAAGGAGUUCUCCACCAUGAAAUGACUUUCUGUCAUCAUUGACUCAAGUUGUUCCAGAUCUGUAUGACUGAAUGCAAAAAGAAGAUAUUCUCAAGAAGCAACAUUGGACCCUAUUCACUUGUUAUUGUUAACUCAUAUUAAAAAUUAAAACCAAAAAAUUCCUUUUGUUCAUUAAAAUAAAGCUGAAAUGA